AUGGCUCUGAAUUCCGAAUCCAUCACCGCAAGUGGUCCCUGGGCUCCUGCUCUAACUCUUCCCUCCAUCGUUGUGUCCCCAGCCAAGACUACAACUCCCAGAAGGCCAUACUCCUCUGGAACUCAAAAUAUGAAGGCGAGAAAAGUCCCAGAACCCAUCGCACCAGAUCGAGAAUACAAUUCCCACUAUACCCAGGGGCUCCGGAAACCUUGUCAAAUACCACCUGUUGUCAUAGCAUCCGGGUCUGCGCUAACCAAUCCGAGAGCCCUUGCCUUAGAGAGGCGGGCCAUUCGUAUCUUUGACCAAUUGGAGUCAAGUGUUGUUGUGUCACGUGACCGGAGGAGGCGGGAGCUCAGGACCGGCGCCUUCUCCUUGCCUUUUGGGGUCGUGGCCUUGCUCCCGCUGUGCAAGGCAGGAGCCUGGCCCCGUCCACGCACGUGUGUGCCCGUGGGACCUGUGGUGUCUGUGCGUCCGUGCUAG